AUGAAUUUUAUCGCUUUAUUUGCCUUGGCUAGCCUGAUUUUGGCAGCCCCAGCUCAUGUAUUCGUGGUUACCAAAGUCAAUACCGUUACUGUUAUCGACGGGCCCGAUGGUUUAACUACGUUGUUUCCUGAUGUCACUACGAUUUUACCAGUUUCAGCUGAUGUGGUUGCAACCACCCCAACGGAAGCCACCACGGAUACCACUGAGAUCCAAACACCUGCUACUACUGAGAUCCAAACGCCUGCUACCACUUCUGAGGCUGCUACCACUACUGAGGCUGCUACCACCGCCGCUACCACCGCCGCUACGACGUCGGCUGCCUCGACCGGCGACUUCUCAGGUCAAGGUACCUACUACGACACCGGUUUGGGUGCUUGUGGUAUCACCAACGUCGACACCGACUAUAUUGUAGCCAUUUCUCAUGAGUUGUUCGAUGAGACCAAUACUGGAAACCCCAACAACAACCCUAUUUGUGGAAAGAAGAUUAAGGCUUCAUACCAGGGUAAGUCUGUUGAGGUAACAGUAACAGAUAGAUGCGAAGGCUGCCAAUACCGGGACUUGGAUUUCUCACCUCUGGCAUUCUCCCUGAUUGCAGACCAGGGUUUGGGGAGAAUUGACAUUACUUGGGAAUGGAUUUAA